CCUGCUGUUAUACUCAGCUUCCCGAAUGAAUCGACCAAUCAAACCACUCCUCACACAAGAGUCCUUCCUUCAAGCUCGCUAGCGGGAAGCUGCAAUCGAGAAGUGUACAGCAGGAAUGAAUGAUAGAUGCAGUCACACGCCUACCAUUGCAAUCAAAUGAAAAUGACGCUGUCCCGAGCUGAAUAUAAAGAGAUCGUGCGAUGGACCGAUCAACUGAGACCCACGCGCCAAUGUAUGAAGACGCUGAAAGAAAGAUUCCCAAAGUUUCUGUAUCGGCCUCCGUUAGCCAAUGCUUCGCCAUGCAGCGCCUGCUCAUCCAGGAAUCGAACAGCGAGUCACUCGCAGUCCACUCUUCUGAGCAUCUUCUCCCUGGAGUACCAGAAACGAACCAAACGAACUUUCUCAAGACACCAUGCACCAGAAGUUAUCGACGGCCACUACCAGAGGCACUGGCCAGAGUCAUCGAGUAUCUAAGUGGAGCAAAAGCACACCCCGCUGCUCCCGUGCUGCUGGAAUUGGCCAAUAAGGCGGAUCUGUCUCCUGCACUGAUGGCUCGUAUCAUCCUGGAAAGGUUCCUUCAGGGCCCUGAGGGUGAAAUGCGACCCCGGUAUGGAUCUGCGUGUGAAGCCUCUAAAACCGUCCUCAACAGCAUGCUGAAGGAGCCGUCAUUAAUUCCAGACCCCAUUUUGGCCAAAAACAUCUACCAGUGCACAAUAAAUGACUGCUGUUAUGGACCGCUGGUAGACUGCAUCAAACACGCUAUUGGCCAAGAGCAUGAGGUGCUCCUCUGUGACAAACUGAAGGAGAGGAACCUUUCUUUCCUGGAUGAAAACCAACUGAGAGUUAUGGGCUACGACAAAACACCAGAUAUCAUCCUGGAGGUUCCCAUUGCGGUGGAGGGACACAUCGUACACUGGAUCGAGAGCAAGGCCUCGUUCGGAGACGACCACAGUCACCGCACCUAUCUCAAUGAGCAGUUCUGGAGCUACUGGAACAGGUUUGGCCCGGGCCUUGUGAUCUACUGGUACGGUUUCAUAGAAGAGCUGGACUGCCAAAGAGACCGCGGGAUCCUGCUCAAAGACGGCUUCCCUGCAGACAUUGUCCUGUGCCACGCCGCCCAGCAGAACGGACCGCCACACCAGCCACAAUAAAGACACAAAGAGUGAGAAAAGCGACACAAAAAAAAACACUGGAGGUGGAAGGAAGGAGGCGGGAAGGGUAGGCGCAGGGGUGUGUACCUAGAUCCGGAAGCAAUUUGGCUUUCCUGCAGAGUGAGACGAAAAUCUGCCCUGAACUCCGCCUGACCCUCUGCCUCCGUCCGUCUCUCCCUUCCUCUCUUUCACUGCCCCAAAGCUGCCACAUGUAAACACACACCACCAAGCCGUGGAGCUGACAGCACAGGGUCAGAUUCAUACCUGUGUGCAAAAAAAAGAAAAGAAACACCAUCUCGGAGGCUUUCUCUGCGGCGGCGGUGGUCAGCUCCUGGCCCCUGGAUGGCCUCUCGCAACGGACAGCCCGGGUGAGAGCCAGGACCAAAGCAGGACAUUAGGCCCUUCCUUAUCACACCCAAAGCCCUGGCCUUUGUCACUCCUUCCUCCUCCACUCCAUGAGCAGAUAAGAGAGAGAGAGGCGGUCCAGGGCCGGGUGGAAGCCUGUCUCUCACCUGCGUCACUCAGUGCACUCUCUGUCACUUUCCUGGGGGGGGAAACAGGAUCGCUUUCUGAUUAAACAUGGCCUCAGUGUGACCUCUUCGCUUUACUUUUUAAAAUCCAGGGUUUUAUUUUUUUGUGCACAGUGGGUUGAGACACGGUUUCACAAAAAUUGUCGAUAUUUUCUACCUGCUUCUUGUGUGUAUUAUAUUAACUGUACUUGUCUACAUUUUGGUUUAGUAAGCUUUAGUCCGCUAUUCCACACUGUAAUGGUGUUACACAACAGUUGUUUUUCUCCUCAGCUGGUUUGCCUUGUGUUUCAAAUCAUACUUUUUUCUGUGUUGCAAUCAAAAGAACUUGACAAUUCAUCUGUUGAAUGUUUUUAAAAAAAAUUCUGCUUCACAAAUAAAAAUUAUUCUUUGAUAAUCAA